UUCAACCUCAUUUUCAGAUCUCAAAGCGAGACAAUUUCAGCUUACAGGGCACACACACACAAAAAAAAAAUGUCGGAGGAGCAGCCAACAGUAGAAGGAAGGCGCUCGAGCAGGAAAUCGAGCGGUGGUAAAAGAGCAGAGGCACUCGAGCGGAUCAAAGCUCUCAGAAGCGGUGGUCGUCGGUCCACUGAAAACGGCGGUUUACAGGUUAAAAUAGAAGAACCGAUUUACGAUAUAGUUGAGGACGACGAGUACAAUGACAUAGUUGCUAAGCGCCGUGAAGCGGCUCAGGGAUUUAUCGUUGAUGAUAACGGUUUAGGGUACGGAGAUGAAGGCCAGGAAGAGGAUUGGUCAGUUUCCGGCGUUUUAUCUUCCGACGGAUCAGACGGAGAGAAUGAGAAGCCGAAGAAUAAGAGGAAGGCCUCGGAGAAGAAGCAGCAAAUUACUAAAAAGCCAUCGGCAGCUCUUUCAGCUGCUGCGGCAUUGAUGGGUAAGCAAAGAAUUUCUAGUUUGUUUACCUCUUCAGUGUUCAAGAGAGACGAUAAGGCGAGGAAUUUGUCAUGUGAUAGCAUCGUAGAUGAUGUUAUAGCUGAAUUCGCUCCUGAUGAGGCUGAUAGAGAGCGAAAGCGAAGGGUAAAUUCUAACUCUAACUCAUUGCAGGCUUCGAGGAGUUCAAUUGUUAAUUCCAACUCCUUGAAUGUCAAAAUUGAGAAGCCUGUAGUAGAAAAUGUCGAUUUCAUGGUUAAGCAGGAAGUUAAGAGUGUUACUGUUCAAAAUGAUGAGACUAUAUCAGAUUUAGCUAAAGAUAUUCGAGAUAGUGAGGUUUUAGAUGGUGAAUUGAAGCGGGAGAAAGUGGUAGAAUCAGGUGAUUUGGUUAAUGAAACUGUAGUAAAUUGUGCUGAAGUGAAGUCGGAGCCCUUGGUGGAAGAGAAGGUGUUUGCACUCAAUGCGAAAAUUAAAGAGGUAAAGGAUUCAGGCUUGAGUGCUACGGCUGGAUGGCAGGCUUUAAGGAAUGCUGGUAGUGGAGUUUCGAACUGCAAUGACUCAGGGGCAAAACUUGUGGACACAGAAGAGAAAACAGAUUUUGAGUUGGAUUCUGAUGGAUCAUUGCCUUUCUUCAUACUUGAUGCCCACGAGGAGCUGUAUGGUGCAAAUGCUGGGAAUCUUUAUCUCUUUGGGAAGGUGAAAGCUGGAGGUGCAUACCAUAGCUGCUGUAUCGUUGUGAAGAACAUGCAACGAUGUGUUUAUGCGAUUCCAGAUGGUUCUGUAUUUUGUACUGACACAAUCUCAAAUCUCUCUAGAGAUGUAGAAGAGUCUCGAAUAUCUCCCUCUGACUUCCGCAGUCAGUUGCACGAGAUGGCAUCAGGAUUGAAGGCUGAAUGUAGAAAUAAGCUACUAGAACAUAACAUCUCAAGUUUUAGUAUGGCACCAGUGAAGAGAAAUUAUGCAUUUGAACGAUCUGAUGUACCUCGCGGGGAGAAUUUUGUCCUUAAGAUAAACUAUCCAUUCAAGGAUCCACCACUUCCAUCAGAUCUCAAGGGAGAAAAAUUUAGUGCUUUGCUUGGUACUCAUUCCAGCGCAAUGGAGCUGUUCCUGAUCAAGAGGAAAAUAAAAGGACCCUCAUGGCUAUCAAUUUUGAAGUUCUCUGGUUGUCCUAUUCCUCAACGUGUGAGCUGGUGUAAAUUCGAGGUCAUUGUAGAUAGUCCAAAGGACAUUCAAGUCUCCACGUCCUCUAAGAAUGUUGCUGAGAUUCCUCCAGUGGUUGUUACAUCGAUAAAUCUGAAAACUAUCAUCAACGAGAAGCAAAACAUAAAUGAAAUUGUCUCUGCAUCUGUCAUCUGCUGUCAGAAUGCGAAGAUUGAUGCCCCCAUGUUAACAUCUGAAUGGACAAAGCCUGGGAUGCUUUCUCAUUUUACUGUUGUGUGUAAGCUUGAGGGAGGCAUAUUUCCUAUGGGAUUUACAAAGGAAGCAGCAGAGAGAAAUGCAAAAGCUGGAUCAAAUGUUAUUAGUUCCGAGAGCAGUGAAAGAGCAUUAUUGAACCGGUUGAUGAUCGAGUUGCAUAAACUGGACAGUGACGUGCUUAUUGGCCAUAAUAUAUCUGGCUUUGACUUGGAUGUUCUUCUUCACAGAGUUCAGGCCUGCAAAGUCCCAAGCAGUAUGUGGUCAAAAAUAGGUCGCCUUAAGCGUUCUGUCAUGCCAAAACUUACCAAGGGCAAUACAAUUUUUGGCUCAGGAGCAAGUCCAGGGAUCAUGUCUUGUAUUGCUGGGCGUCUCCUAUGUGAUACCUAUUUAUCUUCUCGUGAAUUAUUAAAAGAGGUUAGUUAUUCAUUGACACAACUUGCAAAGACUCAACUGAACAAGGAUAGGAAGGAGAUUUCUCCACACGAUGUGCCUCGAAUGUUUCAGGCUGCUGAUUCACUUGUGGAACUUAUUGAAUGCGGAGAAACUGAUGCAUGGUUAUCAAUGGAACUCAUGUUUCAUUUAAGUGUACUUCCCCUAACUCGUCAGUUGACCAAUAUCAGUGGUAAUCUUUGGGGGAAAACUCUACAGGGUGCUAGGGCCCAAAGAGUAGAGUACCUCUUGUUGCAUGCAUUCCAUGCCAAGAAGUUCAUAGUGCCAGACAAAUUUUCCUCUCAUGCAAGAGAAGCUAAAAUUACAAAACGAAAGUUGAACCACGGUGAUGAGGGAAAAGAAACUGUUCCUGUUGAUGCUGAUGAUCCAAAUAUUGAAAGUGGGAUUCCAGAUGUCCAACAUGGGAAAACAAAAAAGGGGCCUUCCUAUUCAGGUGGAUUAGUUUUGGAGCCAAAAAGAGGUUUAUAUGAUAAGUACAUUCUGCUACUGGACUUCAACAGUCUAUACCCUUCCAUUAUUCAGGAAUACAAUAUUUGUUUCACAACAGUUGAAAGGUCUCUGGACGGAUCAGUUCCUCGCUUACCAUCAAGUAAAAGGACGGGACUUCUACCAGAGUUGCUUAAGAAUUUGGUUGAGAGGAGAAGAAUGGUCAAGUCAUGGUUAAAAACAGCAUCUGGCCUCAAGGCCCAACAGUUUGACAUACAGCAACAAGCUCUGAAGCUUACAGCAAACAGUAUGUAUGGAUGCCUAGGAUUCUCCAAUUCCAGAUUCUAUGCGAUGUCGUUAGCCGAGCUUAUAACCUCACAAGGAAGGGAAAUUCUACAGAGUACUGUUGACCUAGUUCAGACUUCACUAAACCUGGAGGUUAUCUAUGGUGACACAGAUUCAAUUAUGAUUUAUAGUGGACUUGAUGACAUUGGAAAAGCUAAAGCAAUAGCAGCCAAAGUUAUUCAAGAGGUUAACAAGAAAUAUAGGUGCUUAGAGAUUGAUCUUGAUGGUCUGUACAAGAGAAUGCUGCUUCUCAAGAAAAAGAAAUAUGCAGCUGUAAAGGUGCAGUUUAAAGACGGGAGACCCUAUGAGGUCAUUGAGAAAAAAGGUCUUGAUAUGGUGCGUCGUGACUGGAGUUUGCUGUCAAAGGAAUUGGGAGAUUUUUGCCUGAGCCAAAUACUGUCCGGCGGGUCCUGUGAAGAUGUUGUUGAAUCAAUACAUAAUGCACUUAUGAAGGUACAAGAGGAUAUGAGGAAUGGGCAAAUUGAACUGGAAAAAUACGUGAUCACCAAAUCGUUAACUAAACCACCUGAAGCCUAUCCUGAUGCUAAAAGUCAACCUCAUGUUGAAGUAGCACUUAGGUUGAAGAAAAGUGGCUAUGUCACUGGUUGCUCUGCUGGUGAUACAGUACCAUAUGUCAUCUGCUGUGAGCAGGGGAAUGGUUCAAGUACCUCUGUGGGGAUUGCUCAGCGGGCAAGACAUCCUGAUGAACUGAAAAGAGACAAUGGAAACUGGAUAGUUGACAUUGACUAUUACCUUGCACAACAGAUACAUCCUGUAAUAUCUCGUCUAUGUGCAUCAAUUCAGGGUACUAGCCCGGCACGUCUGGCUGAUUGCUUAGGACUAGAUUCAUCCAGGUUCCAAAAUAAAUCAAGUGAAGCCGUCAAUGAUGAUCCCUCAAACUUGCUUUUGUGUGCAGCAGAUGAUGAAGAGAGAUAUCGGGGUUGUGAGCCUUUGACUUUGACAUGCCCCAGCUGCUCCGGCUCUUUUGAGUGCACACCUAUAUUUAGUUCUAUAUGUUCAUCAAUUAGUCAAAAGCCAGCAGACACGCAAGUAGGAGGGGCUCCCAGCAAGUUCUGGGAAAGAUUUAGCUGUCCCAAAUGCCCAGAGGAGAGUGAGGGGAAUAUAUCAGCGGCGUUGAUAGCAAACCAGGUUAAAAGGCAAGUAGAAGGCUUUGUCUCAACAUACUAUAAAGGAGUGAUGAUGUGCGAUGACGAAACUUGCAACUGCACAACUCGUAGCCUGAACCUGCGAGUAAUUGGGGACUCUGAGAGGGGAACUGUUUGUCCAAAUUAUCCCCGUUGUAACGGGCAUUUACAAAGACAGUAUACUGAAGCAGAUCUUUACAGACAACUUGCUUAUUUCUGCUACGUCUUAGACACUGUUCGCUGCAUAGAUAAGGUAGAGAGUAACAUGAGAAUACAAGUAGAAAAGGAGCUUGCUAGGAUACGCCCCGUGGUUGAAGCAGCAGCAUCAACCGUACAGAAGUUCCGGGAUAGAUGUGCCUACGGGUGGGUGCAGCUUAAGGAUUUGACUGUCUCAUUCUAGCAAGUCUAAUACUACCAAUAUUGUGAUGUCUCGUGUAAAUAUUAAGAAAAAUGUCUAGUUGGCAUCGGAACAAGCAAACCAACUAGCAGAGCAAUGAAAUUCCAUUAUUAUUUUUCAUUAACUAAACUGAAACUCUUUGCAGUCA